CCACCCUUUCCUCCUCUCAAAACUAACUCCCAACCAACAAAAAAAAAAAAACUAACUUAACCACUAAAACUAAACUAAGAAAUAAUGAAAAAAAUGAAACCCUCAUUUUCUCAUUUCUUAGUCACACUUAUAGCACUAGCCCUUGCUAAAAUGCCACAUCUUGUGUUGUGUUACCAUGAUUACAAUGAAGCACUAAUAAAGUCCAUUCUUUUCUUUGAGGGCCAAAGAUCGGGCUACUUGCCUCAAGAUCAACGGGUUGGUUGGCGAGCUCAUUCGGGUCUAGGGGACGGUUCCGACCACGGUUUGGACCUUACGGGCGGGUACUAUGAUGCCGGGGAUAAUGUAAAGUUUAACUUCCCCAUGGCUUUCACCACUACAAUGUUGGCAUGGAGUGUGGUGGAGUUUGGGGACUUGAUGCCUCCUACUGAGUUGAGGAGUUGUUUGGUUGCUAUUAAAUGGGCCACUGAUUAUCUCCUCAAAACCGUUUCUAAGCCCAAUAGGAUUUAUGUUCAGGUAGGUGAUCCAAUUAGUGACCAUAAUUGUUGGGAAAGACCAGAGGAUAUGGACACUAAAAGGACAGUCUAUGUAGUUGAUGCACCAAAUCCGGCUUCCGAUGUUGCUGGUGAGACUGCAGCCGCCCUGGCUGCCGCUUCAAUGGCUUUCCGGUCAGCUGAUCGUGGGUACUCGGAAACCUUGUUACGAAAUGCUGUUUCUGCAUUCCAGUUUGCAGAUAACUAUAGAGGAGCUUAUAGUGACAAUUUAGAUGUUAGAGGUGGUGCCUGCCCCUUUUAUUGUGACUUUGAUGGAUAUCAGGAUGAGCUACUUUGGGGAGCAGCAUGGCUGAGAAGAGCUACAGAAGAUGACACAUACCUUAAUUACGUAGAAAGUAAUGCCCACACUCUUGGGGCUGAUGAUAACAUCAAUGAAUUUGGGUGGGACAAUAAACAUGCUGGUCUUAAUGUGCUAGUCUCCAAGGAAGUGUUAGAAGGAAGUACAUACUCUCUUCAACUCUACAAAUCCUCAGCAGAUAGUUUCAUGUGCACAUUAAUCCCCGAAACCUCUUCAUUCCACAUAGAUUACACCCCCGGUGGCCUAAUCUACCGGCCAGGGGGCAGCAAUCUCCAACACGCCACCACCAUUUCUUUCCUACUACUAGUUUACGCUAAGUACCUCGAUAGAACGUCACAAACUGUGAAUUGCGGUGCCGUUAGUGUCGGGGCCGCCACGCUCCGGCGGAUAGCUCAAAGGCAGGUUAACUACAUAUUGGGUGAGAACCCCAUGGGGAUGUCCUACAUGGUAGGAUACAGCCUUAAGUACCCUCAAAAAAUACACCAUAGAGGUUCAUCCUUACCAUCCAUUAAAGACCACCCUCAGCCGAUUGCAUGCAAACAAGGGUCCACUUAUUUUAACUCUAGCCAGCCCAACCCAAAUGUUCACAUCGGAGCUGUUGUGGGCGGACCCGGGGAGGAUGACUUGUACGACGAUAAUCGGGCUGAUUUUAGAAAGUCCGAGCCCACUACCUAUAUUAAUGCUCCAUUUGUUGGGGCCCUUGCUUAUUUUAAUGCUAAUCCAAGCCCACUUUAGCUGAUUAUGGCCUGCUAAUUACUUUUUGUAUAGAAAUCCCCAAUACUAUUUUUUUUUUUUUUUUUUUUUUUUAAUUAUAAGAAAAAAUGUACAUGGGAAAGUGUCUCUCAUCUUGUGUGAGAAGCCAAGAAGGAAGAGGCUCAUACAUUUUUUUGUUUUCCGUCGUUUUGUUUUUCGGAAGAGAUGAAAUUAAAUCUCCUCUUUGAGUGUUUGUGAGGAAUGGAAAUCUUCUUACAAGUCACAAAAAAUCAUUGUGAUCUUGCAUUAUUGUUUAGUGUAAUCAAAUUUGGUUUGCAUUUGAUGUAAAUGUAAUAGUGAUGUCAAGUUGCCAACACUUAUAAAUUGGCGUUGCUAUGACAAAAGUAAGAUACAAGAAUAUAAUAUUUAUAUAUGUUAGUACUCUUUUAA